AUGUCGCUAGCACAGCUCAAAGAACUCUUGCAUCUACCCGCGCGACCGGCGCUCCAGACCACCUCGGUCGAGCGCAGCUUGGUGGGCGACUGUUCGAUGCUCACGUGUGGCUGCUUGAUCUCCGAGUCGUACGCCAACAUUCUCGUCAACGGCGGCUUUCUCACGUGUCCAGUGUGCUCGCAGAGCAAGACGAAGGUGUUGGCGCCGGUGGAGCCGCUCCGCGCGUUAUACCGGCUUGUGCGCGAGCGCGACACGCCCAAGAUUGCGCGCGGUAAAUCGGGCUCGCGGCGUAGCGCCCAGCCUUUCUCCCCGAACGCUACCAACUUCAUGAACUUGUUCUACGAUAUUGCCAAGAGUGAAUCCGAGAAAACCGAGAUCAAACCACUGAGCGCGCAAAGCACGGAGAAUAUCGACGUGACGUCGACGGAAACACCGAUCUUUGACUCGUCCUUCACAAAACUGACCGGAGACUCGAUCUCCAAACUCGAUUCGAGGCCUGCCAACAAACCUUCAGACUUUCCGAUUUCCCCCUCCAACCUAACAAAACAACUCGCAGGAAUUUCUUCCCGUGACGAAGGAAAAGAGUACAACUUUGCCAAGUGCUUUCCGAUGUAUCGAAAACAAUACCAGCACGCUACGCACCAAAAGUUCUUCAAGCCACGGUCGCAGCUCUUUAUCGCAACAGCCAUUUCCCCGGAUAUGAGAAAGUUUGUGUUGCUCGGGGAGAAGCGCUGGGAGGUGUACGAGAUCCCAGAGGACCCCGCACGUGCGCCAACGCUCGUGUGUUGCGGCAAGUCCACAGGUGAGUAUGGCACGCAUCUUGAAAGCCUUCAGAUGCCCAGUACGCAGAAUACAAUCUUGAUCGGUACCGACACGCGCGAGAAGCUCAAGUCAUGGGAGCACUUGUACUGUGCGUUAUCAGACCGUCACCUCGUGAUCGCAGGGACGCGUGGUGUGGUGCGCGUGAUCGACCUCGAGCUGCGUGGUACUCCAGUGUACACAUACUGCUCUAGUUUCCCGAUCCGAUGCGUGGACAUUUCGCCGGAUGAGACGUAUGUCGCGUGUGGGAUCACCGGCAAGGAGCGGUUAUCGGGAACGGAACAGACACUUAUUGUGCUCCACCAGCUCAAGUACGGCAAUAUCGGUGGUGAGACGUUACUCAUGAAGGUGGAGCCCAUCACGAUCACGCUUCCAUACCGCGACCCCAUCAACUCGCUCAGCUUCUCGCUGGAUCUGAAGUAUCUCGCGUGUUCGACCGUGUUGGAGCUGCGGUUUAUGGUGAUCAGCGUGGAGAACUCACAGAGCCCACGUUUGAUCCUUAAGUCGCUCCGUUCGCUUGACACCUCGUUGGAGAGCGAGGGAAUCACCGAUAUCCGGUUCUUCCCGGAUAACAAGCUCAUGGCUGUGUCGUCGGUUGCGUUUAAUGCGCCACCGAUCAUUAUACGGACAAAAAUUGAUAGUAUCCGUGGGGUCCAUGAGAUUGCGCAGCCGGUGAUGGUGAUGCGCGUGGAUGAAGUGGGGUCGACAAUCCACCGGAUUGCGGUGUCACCGCGCGGAGAUGCGCUCGCGUUUCUUGACCGCAAUGGUAUGGUUUACGUGAUGCUCGCACCAGACAUGCACCACGAAACACGCCGCGUGGUGAUUGCGGCGGAGGUCACCAAUGCGUACCGCAUGCGCGAGAGCGCAAGCAUACGGUUUUCCAAGAAUGGACAUCGGUUGUAUAUUGUGGAUAGGAGGGGUGUCCUCUAUAUCCAAGACUUUGCAGCCGGUUUGCCGCUGGACAGCGGGGUUGCCAAGUGCAAAAUCCUUAAUUAA